AUGCAUUUAAUUGAACCGCAGGCUGUCGAUGACGUUAAUUGUAUCAUUGAUAAUAUACAUUUUUUUUUGUCGACGCGAUCUCUUGGUCCCUACUUGCAGAAAGUAACCGUCAGUAAAAAUUACAAUAAUUUGGCAUCGUCGGAUUUUGAUCCGAAUAAACCAACGAAAGUAAUAAUCCACGGUUACAAAUCGGAGCCAUGGAAGCCUCAUUUCGUGACUAUGAGAGAUCGAUAUUUAAGCGUAGGUGAUUAUAAUAUUUUCUUCGUGGAUUGGAGAGUUCUUGCUGAUCGUUUUUAUCUAUCGGCGGUAGCCAAUGCUAGAGUAGUUGGGGUAUUUUUGGCGAGAUUUAUUGUCGCUAUGAAACUAGAGGGGGCGGAAAAUAUCCAUCUAAUUGGACACAGUUUAGGUGCUCAAAUAGCCGCAGUUGCUGCCGAUUACUUGUCUUAUUAUAGAGUUUCAAGAAUCACGGGAUUGGAUCCAGCUAAGCCAUUAUUUGAGGCAGUGGGAAAAGACGCAGUAUUGAACGCUGAAGACGCUGAUUUCGUCGACGUCUAUCAUACCAAUGCAAAGCUUGCAGGCGAGUAUGUCACUUGUGGGGAUGUUGAUUUCUACUUCAAUGGCGGAAGGAGCCAACCCGGAUGUGGCGAUUUGAAUUUCGCUUGCUAUCAUAGGAGAGCUGUGCAUUACUUUUCGGAAUCUAUAAUUUCGGAUGAAGGUUUUUGGGCCCAUCCAUGCAAUCUGGAUGACCUAAGCAGCUACGAAUCCGGAAAAUGUUCGACUAGCGAUCCAAUAAUUCUUGCCGGCGAAUAUGUUGAUAAAAGUUCGACUGGUACUUACAGUGUUGUUACUAAUGCUCAAAGUCCUUUUGCACGAGGGCCAUUCUGGUAG